AUGUGGCAGGUAAUAUCACCAAUUUCGAGUUGUAGCUCGGAACCAGUUGAACUAAGAAGACUGAAAGACCAAAUAGCUAAUAAUUCCUGCAAAUGUAAAAUUUGUCUUGCAAAUGAAAGAUCAAUGCAAGCUAUAGCUUCACACGAAAAUAAAGAAACCCAAAUAUAUGAUAUAAAAUCCUCUCUGUCCAAUAUACCAACGAAAAACAGGAAUUGCAGUAAUACAGAAAGUACUUUUUGCCCAGGAUGCUCUAUGGUUUUUCAUCUCAUGCAAAAAGAGAAGCCUAAAAUUUUAAAAGAUGAAGAACUAGAAACAAAUCAGAAAAUGUUUACUUCUGACAAAUCGACAGAGAAAAAGGUCUUGAGCUUGGAAAAAACUACAUCUAUGACAUGCAAGUUCUCACCAACGCCAUCUUAUGUCACAUUUUGUGAUACAAUUACCGAAUACUCUACCGACAUAUCUGUAUACCCUGUGCCCAGUCUGAGACGACAUAACCAAGUGACAUUUGCACAAGACACAAUAGAACAUAAAGAAAAACACCAUGGGACAUGUUUAUGUAUGGAAAACUUCAUUAAUUCUAUAAGACCACCCCUUUUAGAUUGUAUGGAUUAA